AUGCCUGAUAUCUUCAUUGUCAAUGACAGUGCUUCGUUCGCUUCGAGUGAUACCUUCUCUACUCAAGACUCGAUAGAGCAACCACAACCACUACACUCACUCCGUCGAAGAAACACAGUUGUCCAGCUCACAAGAAGGGUGUCUAAGAGAAUAUCCAAAACAAUCCUCAGGGCCGGUGUUCAAGAACAUGCGCUGAGCGAAAAGAAUAUCAAAAAUCUCAACGACGCAACAGAUAUUGAUCCACACAACCUAUGCUUGCCAUCUCAUCAGUUUCAUGAGGUUAAAAUAUACGACCCUAUUCACGAAAACAUUGAAGAGGAAUGCCCUAUUUUCGACGUGGAAGCAGCGAGAGAGAUGCGUCUUCAUCAGUCAUACGCUACCUUCUGUCAAAAUUUUACGCUAUCGGGGACAACAAAGAUGAGUAGGAAGUUCGACUUAUCAAUGGGGACGGAGUGGGCAGAGGAACAUACACAGUCCUCUCACACGGAUCAGACUCUCAAAAACAACGACACAUCUGAAUUUUCGGGUUCCCAUGCCUAUCCCGAGCACAUCACGGUCCAUUCAAGGCCCAGACCAAACACCGUCGCAUUCCCAAUAUCACGCCCAUCUACGGAUCUUGACGAUACACCAAUAUCACACUCAACAACUGUCGAGAAGCCCCCUUCAGGAUUGCCAGUCACAGACACAUCAAAGGUUGAGGAAGACUUGAACAGGAUCAGUUCGAGUUUUGAGAUAACACCCAACUCCAACUACCCCCAACCACCGCCUCGCAUCAUCACUCCAACUGUCUGGAUGGACAUGCAGCGCGACGAGCGAGAACGCAAAGCAGCUCGACGGCAGAGACUGCUAAAUCCGUUUCGGUCGUGGUUUAUGACAAGCCAGCCCUCGUGGGGCCGAAGACAUGAAGUCGUCGAAUAA